UUCUCAGGGGGCUUCGCUAUCGUAUUUCUGGUGAGGACCAGCAAUGGGAUGAAAUGUGCCCUCAAACGGAUGUACGUGAACAACGAAUACGAUCUGCAAGUUUGCAAGCAGGAAAUCCAGAUUAUGAGGGAUCUUGCGGGGCACAAGAACAUUGUUGGGUACAUUGACUCCACAAUAAAUUCAGUGAGCAGCGGAGAUGUAUGGGAAGUCCUAAUCUUAAUGGAUUUUUGCCGAGGAGGCCAAGUAGUGAAUUUGAUGAACCAGCGCUUGCAGACGGGGUUCACGGAAAAUGAAGUCCUGCAAAUCUUUUGCGACACCUGCGAAGCGGUGGCCAGGCUGCACCAGUUCAAAUCGCCCAUCGUCCACAGGGAUCUGAAGGUGGAGAACGUCCUGUUACACGAUCGUGGCCACUAUGUCCUCUGCGACUUUGGGAGCGCCACCAAUAAAUCGCAGAAUCCUCAACUGGAAGGAGUGAACGUAGUGGAGGAAGAAAUUAAGAAGUAUACCACGCUCUCGUACAGAGCUCCAGAGAUGGUCAACCUCUACAGUGGCAAACUGAUCACCACAAAAGCUGAUAUCUGGGCCCUGGGGUGUUUGCUCUACAAACUCUGCUAUUUUACUCUGCCCUUUGGGGAGAGCCAAGUGGCGAUUUGCGACGGCAACUUCACCAUUCCUGACAACUCACGCUACACGCAAGACAUGCACUGCCUAAUAAGGUACAUGCUGGAACCUGACCCGGACAAGAGGCCUGACAUUUACCAGGUCUCUUACUUUGCGUUCAAGCUGGCUAAGAGGGAAUGUCCUGUCCCCAAUGUGCAGAAUUCUCUAAUUCCUGCCAAACUUCCAGAGCCUGUGAAAACUAGCGAAGCUGCUGCUAAGAAAACCCAGCCGAAAGCCAGGCUGACAGAUCCUAUUCCCACAACAGAAACGUCCAUCACACCACGCCAGAGACCCAAAGCUGGGCAAACGCAACCCAACCCAGGAAUUCUGCCCAUUCAACCUGCCUUGACUCCUAGGAAGAGGCCUGCAGUCCAAGCCAGCGUCCAGCCACAAGCUCCAGCUCCUCUGGCCGGCGGCCAGCCUCCCCUUCCUGCAGCGAUUCCUCAGCCAAACGCUCUGCCUCAACCGACUCAGCCCAAGCCCAGCGGUGCUGCCCAGCCAGUGGCCACCGCGCAAGCCCAGCUCCCUUCAGCCCAGGCCACGCCACAGCACCAGCUCUUCCUCAAGCAGCCGCAGCCGCAGGCGCCGGCUCUCUUCUAUCAGCAGCAGCCUCCGCAGAUGCCGCCCCUGCAGGCUCAACAGGCCCACAAAAUGCCACAGGCUGCCCCGGCAUCCGGAAAGCCUCAAUUCCCGGGGAUGCAGCAGGGAGCAGGGGCCGCCACACAGCCGCCACCGCCGCAGCUUUUGGCCCAGCAAGCCGCCAUCCAAGCCAAGAUGGUUGCUGGGCCACAGAAGGCCCCCGCACAGCCUUCGGGAGCCCCAGCAGCGCCCAACCAGGAACUCCCGCAAGCACCUCCAAGGCAACAAAAGAAAUCAACCACUCCGCCAUCAGCUGUCCAGGGCCAGAAGGUGGGGUCCCUCACGCCACCAUCGUCCCCCAAGACUCAGCGAGGUGGACACCGGAGGAUUCUCAGUGAUGUGACCCACAGCACCGUCUUCGGGGUCCCAGCCAGUAAAUCGACACAACUGCUACAGGCAGCAGCUGCGGAAGCCAGCCUCAAUAAGUCCAAGUCUGCCUCGACUACCCCUUCGGGGUCUCCGAAGACCUCUCAGCAAAAUGUCUACAACCCACCCGAUGUCUCUACUUGGAAUCCUUUUGACGACGACAACUUCUCCAAGCUGACGGCAGAGGAGCUGCUGAAUAAGGACUUUGCAAAACUGAGCGAUGGUAAGCCUCCUGAGAAACUUGACAGCUCAACGGAGAACCUGAUCCCAGGUUUUCAGGCCGCUCCUUCCGCAGCGCAGCCGGACGCAUUCGGCUCUUCUCCUCUUGCACCCAUAUCAGCUGAAAAAACAAAGGAUAUUCUGGAUACCAGCCCUCCACUUCUGGCUGUUCCUGACCCUUUCAUUCCUCUUCCACUGUCAGAUACACCAGAAAAACUGAUUGAGGGACUCAAAUCUCCUGAGCCUCCACUCCUGCUCCCCAAUAUCCUGCCUCUGGCCGACCCCUUCGGUAGCACCUCCGAUGCUAUGAAUGGAAAAGCUGAGCUCACCGCCGAGAGCCUCAUACCGGGCCUCGAAGCGCCUGUGCCCCAGCUCCCAUCCUCGCAGGCAGAUUCGCUGGCUUCGAGCAGAACAGAUUCAAUCACUGUGGAUGACUCCUUGCUUGAUUGCGCUCUGCUUUCUAACCCUGGCACUGAUCUCCUGGACGAGUUUGCUCCUUUAGCGGUUCCAUCCCAAACUCACAAAGAAGAUACUAACCUGAUAUCAGGCUUUGAUGUCCCCGGGGGCUCUGAAAAAGUGGCAGAAGAUGAGUUUGACCCCAUCCCUGUGUUAAUAUCCAAAAAUUCACAAGGACCGCAGGGGAAGCCGGCUGCGUAUUUCGUGGCCGGCCCUGAGCAAGACCGAAGGCCUGGGCCCACCCCUGGCUUGCCGCUGAACAGUCCGCAGCCCAGUCCACUCGGAGGAGAAACUGACUUCUUUGGGCGGGCCGGCCUCUCCAGCAACAGCUCCUUCCACAGCAGCAGCGAAGGCGAAGGGACCGACCACGAGGGAGACCUCUUGGACUGCAGCGGAUCCAGACCUCUGCUGAUGGACUCGGAAGAGGAGGAGGAGGCUUGUAAAAUGAACCCCGCUCUCCAGGAAAGGGAGAGGGGUUCCCAGAAGGACUUGAGCCUCCAACCAUCUCCAGGGCCACCUCUGUUCAACGCUUUCCCACCACGGCCCGCGGAAAUGCCCGAAGGAGACACCGACGUGUUUUCCACGGCCCCUUUCCGAAGCUCUAGAAGCUAUUGCGAUGAGUUGGACAUUUUCACGAAGGCCCCAUUUCUCUCCAAAAGCCAAGUCUUCUCUAAGCAGCUGGAUGACGGCGACGUGUUCCUCAGAGCACCCUUCACCAAGAGGAAGAGCCAGGAGGAGCUGGCGGCUCACAGUGUCGUGAAGGAACCUCCGGCCACCGGGCCGUUCCUGGGCUCCGCUGAAGUUGCUCAGUACCCGCGUGGCCCUACACUCCAGAACCUGGACGUGGGAACCCAUGGCUCCCGUCCUCCCCAAGGCCAGUAUUUGGGGGCCUCAUCGCUUCGGCCCUCGAGAGCAACAGUUGAUGGCCCAGAGGCCCACCCUCCCAAAGGCGCCUCUGGAGAACUGGGCCCCGUUACCCAUGAUGCACUCCAAAGGCACGCGGGCCUCCAGGAAGGCUUCUUGGCACCCAAGACCAGCCCGCCUUUCCACCCACGGUCCUUAGCGAAGUACUCCCGCCACUACAGUCCAGAAGGCGGGCACGGGGCCGAUGCCCAACCCAUCGCGGCAUACAAAGUUGUAUCUCAGACCAACAAGCAGGUGAUAGCCGGGUCGGUCUCUAUCGCCUCUAUUUCUUCCAGGACUAAAGAACUGCCCACCACUGACCCAUUUUCAUCGGCCCCCUUCCCUUCCAAACAGGGGAAGCCGAAACCCUAAAUGGGUUCCUAUCGUGGCUUCCUUCCAGUAUGUGGCUUUUCCCCCCCAAGAACGUGUGAACGGACUCCAUGAAACAGAACCUGCUCUAAUUCAGGGGUCCCCAAACCUGGCAACUUUAAGACUUGUGGAUUUCAACUCCCAGCCAAGCUGGCCGAGGAAUUCUGGGAGUUGAAGUCCACAAGUCUUAAAGUUGCCAAGUUUGGGGACCUCUGCUCCACUUCGCCCAUCAUGCUCAACACUCUUGCUGGGGUGGAACCUUCCUGACUCGUAGGAAGCCUUCUCCUCAGAGCUCCAGUAACCGAUGAUGGAGACCUUGAAUUUGUUCUGCUGCCACUUUCACUGGACCAACACAUUUCCCUGCCUAAAACUCUCUUGAGUAAAUAUUUAUCCUUAAGCCAGUUAAUCCCACAGGGAACUUUGUGGAAAAGAACCUGUUUUUACCUUGAUCAAAGAUGAAUGGAGCAUCUCAACAUCAUGUCAAAUGUGCACGUACCAGGAAAAGAAAUGAUAACCAAAUGGAAGAUUAUUUAUUUUGUUUUGUUUGUCCUCCAAAGAAGCUGAGAGGACUCUACCUGACGCUAAUGCUGUCUCUGGAGUAAUUCUCAAUUUGAAACCGAAGUCUUCUCUUACAAUGUGCAUUUUAAGUUCUUUUUAUCUGAAUUUAAUUCCUAUCCUAAGCCAUGUUCUCGGCAAACGUUGGCUAUAGUCAAUGGCUAUAGGUUAUAGUCUUACCUGAGAGUAUAACAGACAAUUGAGUAGGCUACAGACUGUUCCUGUUAUUUUCUUUUCUUUGUACAACCCCGGGAAGCCUGAUAGUUUAAAAGAGUUUUUGCUGGCUUUUUAAAGGGGAGUUUUUGUAAUUUUUCUAAAGCUUUCCAUCAUUCGCUCUCCAUUUUUUGCAAAACCAGUUUUUUUUUCUCUCCUUAUCAGACAGGUGAGAUCGUCCAAAAAAUUGUUAAGGGAAAAUUCCCAUUUCCUUGGCUUUGAAUUCCACUUUCUCCAGGACUUAAUUUUCUAGCUUUCUACUUUCAAAGCUACAUGGUUUUUUUCCCCCUCCUUUUGCCACUGAACCCCUAAAUCUGAAAAAGUGCUUUAGCUACGCCCGGCAGUCACGCCUUCCAACUCUGCAGAAUGAAGGCAAGCUGCCUUCCUUUUGUUCAGUCCUUUGAGGAACAAUGCACUUUUUCUGAGCCUUUGCAAACCACGAGAUAAGCCUUGUUCCACUUUCUCCGCCUCCUCCUCUCCUUUGCCCCCCAUCAGAUUCCCCUAGUCCCUAUGUUCAUGCAUUUGUUCUGUCCUGGUGGAAGGGCAGGGGAGAUGCGCAUCAGGGGACACACAGACCAGCUUCUCUCAAAUCCAUACCCUCCAUCCACUUGUGCUAGAUUUCAAAUGUCAUAAUCUGCAGCCCACCUGGCUCACCCCACCUAGGGUGCACCUGUUGGGGAAUGGCUGUUCAAUACGCAGGGGAGCUAAAGUCACAACGUUGAGUGCAGUGACAUCUCUUGGAGGUUCAGAGUCGAUCCUCGUUGCUAUUUUCGCGUUGCACAGACGACCAAUGAAAUCCUUCACUCCUAGUGAUGCUUUUUUCUUUUAAGUCGUUCAAUCACCUGCCGUUCCAACCACAGUCGUGGGACUCCACGCGGUAUGGAUCUUCCUUCUGCAAACGUCUCUUCUUUGACUAUGUUUGAAAGUGGAAAUCUGGUUCUCUAAAAAAAGACAAUCGACUGUUUAAAUCCUUGCUGGGACAAUCUCCGCGUCCAGCCAGAAGAACCGAGAAGGUGAUCCGUUCUCCAACUGACUCGUGCUGGGGAAAUUCAGUUUGCUGGCCACAGGUUGACUUUUCAGCUGUGAAGAACUGCUGCCAUGUGCCUUUUCUGGGGGUGGGGGUGGGGGGGAAAUGACGUUGCGUAUUUGCUGAGCUGAUGAGGCCAGAUACUCACAUUUUUACCUCCUGAAAAUAGAUCAGAGAUCCCGUUUAUAUUUUUCUUGAGAUUUGAACCUGUUCGCAGCGGGGAUCAUAUUCACUUGAUGUCUCCUUUUAUGAAAGGUGGGGGGGAAAUGCACUUUUUACCGCUCUCCCAUGCUGUGUUGCUGCAUUUAUUUGGUAGGGAAGCGGGCAUGACCUGAAAUCACGGAGAAUAACGCACUCCGAUCUUGUUGAGACUCUCUAUACAGGACUGCCAACCGCCUGCACCGCUCUUAACAUUUUGGACAAGUGACGUUGAGGCCUGGAUUCCUUACCUCCCUUCUCUGGCCUGCUGGGAGAACUUGCACUUUUGGAAACGGCCAGAUUUCCUAGGAGAAUAAAAUGCUUCUUUCAGUCACGAGUAUUACAGGAAAGAGCAAAAACGGCUGGAAAGGGCAGAGAUAAUUUAAACGCUAAGACGAAAUGUCUCCCCGAUCAGUUGUCCCCCCCCCCCCCCGGGCCUUUCUGGCUUUCUGGUCUGGGGGGUGAGGAAAUAGCUCUGCGCAAGCAACAGGAGCGCACCCUCGCAGCUCCGUUUUGGGAGCCUCACACAAAUGGAGCUUCGCGCACCGUUUGCACAAGUGGAGCUGCGUGUGUGAAUUGCGUGCCUGACACUGGCACAGCCCGGUUCCGAAUGGGCCGUGGCCUGGGGUCUUGGGGACCCCCGUAAUUCAGUCUUCGCAGGGUCUUCAUGCUGGGUUCUGCGUCUUUUCAUGCGCUCUGCUUAAACAGACUCACCUGAGCUCAGGCAGAAGCCUUUUCCCACAAGGUGUUACGGUUCAUCCUUCUAGGAAAUGGAUGCUGGGUCUGAUUUGGGGGGUGGAUUAAAGCAUCCCACCUGGCAUUACCUGCUGACACAUUCCUGGACUGUAGAAACAGGAGGUUGGCUGUAGGUUGGGCCAACACCACGAUGGGGCUCCCAAUACCUCUUCCCUCCUCGUGCACCUACCUCAUGUCUUAAGCAGGUGCUGGAGUGUUGCUAUUCCCCCCCCCCUCUGGUUGUAGUUUGCUUUAUUUUUAAAUACAGUUUUUGCUGCAUAACUUAUAUCAUCAGUUAGAGCUUACAGAAAGAAACGGGAUGGUUCAAACAUUUGGAUAGAUUUUGGAAGAGGGAGAGUUAAUUCUCAAAAGCAUGGAUGCAGACUUCGGUACCUCUGCUUCUGAAAACGGAAGACUGAAUGAGCACCGCUGUGCUUUCUUUUGUCUUCCGUUAAGUUGAAUAUUAUCUGUUGUGGCUUGAGAGGGCUCCUAACCCAUUGAGAAGACCCACUCUUAAGAAACUAUAGCUCCUAGGAACAUUCCCCCAUGCCUAAAAGGUGUAAUUUUAGGCCAGACUGUUCAUUGUGGAAAAAAUUAGGAAAUGCAAAGAGGUCGUCUGUUUAAGACGACAUCAUGUGAUGAGUCAGAACAUCACUUCUUUCGAACCUGGUGUAUUGGUCUUUUGGCUAGGCUAGGAGAUUGGGAGUAUGAAUAUCCAAUGCAUCUGGAAGGGAUUUAUUUGAGGAAAUCACCUGUGAUCUGUGUUCAGUUGGGGACAAAUGCCCGUUCUGAAUUUUCCAUAGUCCCUCUGUUGCGUUUUCAUCAGGGAACUAUAGAAAUUUGGCCUCCUCAUAUGGUUCUUGAACACAGUGGGAAUGUUUUCAUUUUACACUGGUGACAAAAUAGAACUCCAGAUCUAAUUCUGGUGUUUACAUCACUGUUACAAUCAGUUAAUUCAGUUGCUACUAGUUUUAGUUGGGUGUUCAUUGCCGAAAUCACACCCUGAGGAAGAUACUCUUGAAUGGGCUAGUGUUAUUAAUAUUAUUAUUGUAGUAGUAGUAAUAGUUUAAAAGUUCUACAAAGGUUCACAUCGGACAGAUGGUACUUGAAUAGCAGUUCAGUUUUCUCACCCACGGUGGCUUUAAGGUUUAAUUGGUUUAGCAAUUUUAAAGGUGCUAAGGUUGAGAAACGCUGCUGUAGAAUACAGAAUCCAAAACUCUGCAGUUUUCCAGCUUACCUAAUUAGUCCUUUGGGUGCAGGUAUUUCUCUGUUCAUAUCAGUGUGCGUGAGAAACACAACACCUUAACAGAUUUCUUGUAUUUAUUUGGCAUUUUUUAAGCAUUCCCUUCCUAUCUGACCCCUGUCUCUGUCUUAAUCUUGAUGGUGAUGGAAAGAGGUAGGCUUAACUUAAACAACAACAAAACAACCCGAACUCUAUACUUCCAACUGCAGGAGAAUAUGAGCCAAAUAAUGUAAUGUUGAAAAACGCAAUGAUCUCCUGUAUCGAUAUAGUAAUCACUUGGGCUUGAGUUUGUAUGCAUGUGUGGGCUAUUAUGUCUUAUUGUUUAUUUUGUGAGAUUUGAAUUCAUGCCGUUGCUGUAUAAUAACGAUGAACAAGGGUGGGGGGGUGGGUGUCAUCUAAAUUGGGGGGAUAUUCUGCUAACUGUUCCUGAAAUGUAGAAUUCCAAGAGGAGUCUUGAAAGACUCGUGCAAGUCCUAUCACUCUUGAUGGAGAUGCACAGACUGAAGGUGGGGAAAAAUCUGUCGUGUGUUCAGCUUUUUGGUCAGGUGCAAUAUUAAAACAUGUGAACACGUUUAACCUGCUGGUCUUUUUUAAAACAGUGGCCUCUGAAGGUUGUGGGGAUAGGCUGUGCUUUGAGAAUGCAAGUGAAGUAGAGAUGCAAGCACACGUACCACGCUACAUUGCCUCUACGCACACAAACCGCCGUUCCUUUUGGAGCAGGGGUCUCCAACCUGGGCCACUUUAAGCCUGGAGGACUUCAACUCCCAGAAUUCCCAGGGAGUUGAAGUCCUCCAGGCUUAAAAUGGCCCAGGUUGGAGACCCCUGCUUUGGAGGAAUCUUCCCUUUGCAUCAAUGAGACCAGAGAAGCAACUGCGUUGUGGGAAUGGAUUGAAUGGAUUGAAUAUUGACUCUCAAAGGAAGAUGGGCAGCUUUCUCCUCCUUGCACACCACAGUUCUUUUUAAAUUUUUGCAUACCCAUCUGUUCUUCUAAGAGGAGCUGGCUUGUAGAGCCAACCAGCUUGGCCUUGAGCCAUGCCGGAAGGCAGAGGGCAUAGCCUCUUCCUUUUUUGUGCCCCCGUUAGAACAGGCUCUCCAAACUUGGCAACUUGUGGGCUUCAACUCCUAGAAUGCUUCAGCCAGUCCACAAGCCUUUAAAAAUCACCAAGUUCGGAGAGGCUGCCCUAGAAGAACCCAGGUGUGAUUUGCAAAGGUCUUCCUCUAAUCUUUCAUAGGAACCAGAAGGAUCUUUGGGGAAAACCUGGUUGGAUUUGAAGGGUGGGGAAUGACUUUUGGCCUGAAAGUCCAUUGUGUCCAACGAUGGUGGGGAGGCUUUCGAAAGAAUCCUACUUCCCGAGGACCAAGGAGGGUCAGCAAAUUUUGGGAUGACAAUCAUUGCGCCAUAGCCAGGAACUCUUUUGCAAUGUAAGCAUUUUGUAUUCUCUGAAGCGAUCAAAUGAAAUAAAAGUUGAAGACGUUGACAAAAGCUCA